AUGCAAGGACUUCGAUGUGUGUAUCGGCGAGCGGGUGGAGUAGCCCAAGCUGUUUUGAAUAAACGUUCAACAAACAUUGGCUCACGAUGGUCAAAAUUAGCGAUUCCAAGAGCCAACUUUCACAUUGUCGGUAGACAAAAUGCACAACAAACGACCGCCACGCAAACAAAUCCUAUAUCGUCAAAACAAACUCAGACUCAGAGUACUAAUCUUCCUCCCAAACCAAAAGAACCUGUACAAAAUAAAGGAGCUACAGGACGAGUUGUGUCUGUUAUCGGCGCUGUUGUUGAUGUACAAUUUGAUGAUAAUUUACCCCCCAUUCUCAAUGCAUUACAUGUUGAAGGACGUCAACCCAAACUUAUUCUUGAAGUAUCACAACAUUUAGGUGAUAAUACUGUUAGAACAAUUGCGAUGGACGGUACAGAAGGUCUAGUUCGCGGUCAGCGUGUCACUGAUGUCGGUUCACCAAUUAAAAUUCCAGUUGGAGCUGCAACUUUGGGAAGAAUUAUCAAUGUUAUCGGGGAUCCAAUUGAUGAAAGAGGGCCAGUUGAGGCUGAAGAUUACGCAGCAAUUCAUGCUGAUGCGCCACCUUUUACAGACAUGAACGUCGAACAACAAAUUCUUGAAACUGGAAUAAAGGUAGUUGAUUUAUUAGCACCAUACGCAAAAGGAGGAAAAAUUGGUUUAUUUGGUGGUGCUGGAGUGGGAAAAACUGUACUUGUCAUGGAAUUAAUUUACAACGUUGCCACAUCGCAUGGUGGUUAUUCGGUAUUUGCUGGUGUUGGUGAACGCACACGUGAAGGAAAUGACUUAUAUCAUGAAAUGAUAACAACUAAAGUUAUUGAUUUGAAAGGAAAAGGUUCAAAAGUAUCGCUUGUGUAUGGUCAAAUGAAUGAGCCUCCUGGCGCAAGAGCUCGUGUAGCAUUAACCGGUUUAACUGUAGCUGAAUAUUUUCGUGAUAAAGAAGGACAAGAUGUAUUAUUAUUUAUUGAUAACAUCUUUCGUUUUACACAAGCCGGUUCGGAAGUAUCAGCUUUACUCGGUCGUAUCCCGUCUGCUGUCGGUUAUCAACCAACAUUGGCAACUGAUAUGGGUACUAUGCAAGAACGUAUCACAACAACAAAAAAAGGAUCCAUCACAUCAGUACAGGCUAUUUAUGUACCCGCUGAUGAUUUGACUGAUCCGGCUCCAGCAACAACAUUCGCCCAUUUAGAUGCCACCACUGUAUUAUCGCGUGGUAUUGCGGAAUUAGGUAUUUAUCCCGCAGUAGAUCCUCUGGAUUCAACAUCUCGUAUAUUAGAUCCAAAUAUUGUUGGCGAAGAACAUUACUCAAUCGCACGUGGUAUUCAAAAAACAUUACAAGAUUAUAAAUCAUUGCAAGAUAUAAUCGCUAUAUUGGGUAUGGAUGAAUUAUCUGAUGAUGAUAAACUGACUGUAUCUCGCGCAAGAAAAAUUCAGCGUUUCUUAUCACAACCGUUUCAAGUUGCUGAAGUAUUUACCGGAACACCAGGCAAACUUGUUCCACUCAAAGAAACAAUAAAAGGAUUUAAAAUGCUACUGAAUGGCGAAAUGGAUCAUUUGCCAGAAGGUGCAUUUUAUAUGGUAGGUGGUAUCGAAGAUGUAUCAGCUCGAGCAGAAAAACUCGCCUCCGAACGUUAA